AUGUCCAUCCCCGUUGCUGUUCAUUCACACACCGUCCCUGCUUCCACCCGUAUGAGUGCGAGUUCGAAGAUUACAGUGAAAGCUUCCUUGAACGUCGUUCGCAAAGGACGAGUCCUCCUGCUCCAUGGCUGGGCCCAAAAUGCUGCCGUGAUGCGGAUAAAAGCGAAAUCCUUGACCAAGAAAUUGAAUCGAGCGGGCUAUGACUGUGUAUUUCUGGAAGCUCCACACGUCUUGCCCAUGCAGAGUACAAUUGUCAUUGAAGGGUUUCCCGUCCUCGUCGACAAUGGCUCACGCGAGAAUGCCAGGGCAUGGUUCCUUUACUCGGACACGGAUGCGGCGAACGCGACCUUGAGUCAAUCGGGGGAGCCCCUGACCUAUGUUGGAUUGGAAGAGACUUGGACAGUAAUCGAGAACGAGCUCAUGCAGCCAGACACCGAGCCUACGGUAGACGGCGUUCCAUUCUGUGCCGUAUUGGGUUUUUCACAGGGGGCCGUUCUAGUGCACCUGCUUUCCAUACUCACCACUCGGCUGCCACGGGACAGUCCUUUCCGACGCAUCAAUGCUUGUCUGCUUGCCAGUGGCUUUGCGGCCCAGCACGUAAGCAAGGACAUGACCUCUCCGUACCAUACAGUGCUGGGUAAUGUACCGGCUGAUCAAUCCGCCUUCAUAGAGAUACCGUCGUUACAUCUAAUUGGAAAGAACGAUACCAGUGUCGAGCCCAAGGCCAGUGCACACCUUGCCCAGAUGUACAGCCAACCCAUGUUUCUGGAUCACGAAAAGGGCCAUAUUUUGCCACAGCACAGCGAUGAUUGCGCUCGUAUCGUUGCCUUUCUAGACGAAGCGCGUGCCGAAACCAAUUUGUAG